AUGGGACUCUUAACAACCAUAUGGAUCUGCUUCUUCAUUUCGUCAUCCUUAGCAAUUGAAGAACCUAUCAGAGCACAGAAUCUUAAACCACGCCAUUUCAAUCCACAUCCUUUCCAGAAUAAUCCCAACAGGAGAUCGGAUAGAGUAGGUCCUGUAGUUUUUAAUGAAGACCAAUCUCUUCAACGCCCUCCACCAGUCCAGGAUAUUCCGUAUUUGAAGGUUGUCAAGAAAUACAAGAAGAAGAAAGUAGGAAGAUUUGACGUUGAGGAGGAAAAGAUUAAUCCUCAACUACAGCAAGCUCUAGCGAGACAUGGUGCUAAAGUUCUUAAACUUCCUCCUGAAAAGUUGGCCAGAGAUCAUAUUCCAUUUGUUAGAGACAUCGAAAAACACCAUCCCAACUACGCAUUUUCAUACAAAGUACUAGAUCAUUCCUCUGGCGAUGACUUCUCCCAUUCCCAAGUCCAGGAUUCCAGGACCACAAACGGAGAAUACCGAGUUAAAUUACCAGAUGGCAGACUUCAAAUUGUGUCCUACACUGCGGAUCAAAACGGUUAUAAGGCAGAUGUGAAAUAUAUGGAAACUCCCGUAUACCAUCAAAUUCAGCGAAUACCGAUCCGAGAACACGCGGCAGUUAAAGCAAAUAGAAAACACUACUACCACGAUGUACAAGCCAACAAUCAUCAUCGCGAAUUGGCUAAAUUUAGUUCAAUCGUACCAACGGUAGUUCCAGUCCCAGUCAGCUACAAUCAGUACGACGGAGACUACGGAAACAUUGUAGUGACACCCAGUCCUGGAUAUUCCAACGGAGUUGCUGCUAAUGCCCAGCUUCCACUUCCACUAAACGUUCAAAUUUUCACCACCAACGCAAGAGACUACCACAAUCCAGGUAGCUACGUUCCGAUCGUAGCCAGCACUCCGCACACUUACCAUUCGAAAGACAUUAGCCACUACCGCCAAAAUCCCAUCUCGCCGCAGAUCUACAACAACGGAGACCAAGGAAUCGUCGUUCCUCUGUCGACGCCUUCGUCGUUCGUGUUAACAGACCAACACGGACAAGUCAUCGAUAACAUCAAAUUGGUGACGAGUACAGCUGUGCCUUACGUCGUGUCUUCUACACCAAUGCCUCAUUUCGUAACGAUUCACUCCACAGCCUCGCCAUCUAGAAGUUACAACUAG